GGUAGCUUUUCUUAAGCAGGGUGUUAUCAUUUUUGUUGUUAUAGCAACGUUUGCUAACGCAGAUAUCAAUGUAGACUGUGGUAAAGAAUAUGUCACAGUUAAAUGGAGGGUCCAUCCAGAUCUUGUGCCAAAUGUAGCACGUCUAUUCCUUGGAAAUUGCCUUCAUCCCAAUUUAUUACCAUGCCUACUGGAGGUGAGGCCAUCUUUAUAUACAGCCUAAGUGACUGCAAGUUCAAAAGAUUGCUAACUGGAAAUCGUAUCAUCUAUACAAACCAGUUGACAUACAGGCCUUAUGGAAAGCCUGAGCCUGCUGUAUUCACAUACCCAAUUAAGUGUGUUUAUAAUGGAUCAGAAGAGUUGGCCCCCCGCUUCUUACAACCUACUUAUGGUAGUGUGAAAGGUAAUGGAGAACUGGACUUUCACAUGGGCCUUUUGAAUGAAGACCUAACGGCAAUGGCUAGGACUAAUGUCAUCGUUCGUGGCUCCUUCAUCCCCAUUUGGGCAGCUGUGGAGCAGGGUGACCAUCAGCCCUUGCUGCUGCUCAUGGAUGAGUGUGUGGCUGCCUUGACAGCAGAGCUGCAGCCCGAGACCCAAGUGUACCCCAUCGUCACCAACCAUGGUUGUCUUGUAGAUAGCAAAGCUGAAAGAUCUAAGUUCCUUCCCCGAUACCAUUCUUCUGCCAUCGUGCUCUAUCUGAAUUCAUUCAAAUUUGAUAUGGGACAAGAAGUUUAUAUUCACUGCAAUCUUGUUGCAUGGGAUCCAGAUGAGCUUAAUGAAAGCAGGAAGGCCUGCCAUUACGUAGAGAAGAACCAACAAUGGGAGCUCCUAGAUGACAUACUGCAAAGUUCUCUUUGCAACUGUUGUGACUCGAAGUGUAAUUCUCGGCUAAAAAGAAGUGUUCCAUCAGAACCUCAAGGCCUGGUACAAAACUCUGUGAUUGGGCCGCUCAUCAUUGUGUAGAACUGAGGCCCACCCCAAAUCACAACACCAAUGUAGAGUACCAUUAGCUUGACUGAAUUGAAUAACUAGGCAACACACUUGU